GUAGUUAAAAGGUAAACAACAUGGUGGAUUGAAGUGAUUGAAGAUAAUCUUUACUAGUUGUCUGUAAAUUUUCAAACCACUGAUGUACUUUUGAAUCUUCAGCUUAUUCCACAAAUUUGGGAGAGCUAUUGAGAAGGAGGCUGCAACUGUAUUAUUUUUAUUACGAGCAUGCAUUUCUCCAUUCCUGAAACUGAAGACUUCACAGAUGAGAGCGGAUCCUCCUACACAGGCUAUCAUAUUUAUAUAAAUGGCAAGUUUCAUUGUACUGUGAGGUAUCGUCAACUUCAUAACCUCCAUGAUCAGUUGAAAAAAGAAUACGGUGCUUCUGCACUUCCGUACUUUCCUCCGAAGAAAUUUCUUCCCUUAUCAGCAAAUCAACUUGAAGAAAGGCGUUCUCUUCUUGAGAAGUUCAUUCAAAAAGUUGGACAGCACCCUGAUUUAGUCUCAUCAGAAAUAGUCAACAGCUUUCUUCUGUCUGCUCAAGUCGAAACCUGUUCUGAAAAAAGUCAGGAAUGUACUCUUGACAUAUUUCUGAUGAAUGGAUAUCAAAUUUCAGUAUCUGUGCUGACUACAGAGCGCUCACAUCAAGUCCUAGAGAAAGUAUGCCGUCAAAUAUCUCUUCCUGAUGCAUACGUGUAUUACUUCUACCUAUUCUUAGUGAGGGAUGAAGACAAUGGAAACAUCACAAUCAUUCGUAAGCUGCAAGAUUUUGAAUCACCUUUUAUCAGUCAGAGGUCACUGGGGGGUGCUCAUAAAAUUGUAUUAAGGAAGAACUACUGGGACCCUGCCUAUGAUAUUGAGUUGGCAACAGAUCGAGUUGCCUUGAAUUUGCUCUAUGUUCAAGCAGUAACUGAAGUAGAUUGUGGGUGGUUGUUAUGUAAUGAAGAAGCAAGACAAAAUUUGGUAUCACUUCAAGCAAAAGGCUCAAAACGACAGUAUAUGAAAAAUGUCCGAUUGUUAAAGUACUAUGGGUAUAUUCAAUUCCAACCAUGUGUGGCUGAUUUCCCAUUUCCUGGUGCUCCUGUACUCGUCAGCAUUGGGAAUUAUGAACUGAACAUAAGACUACAAACUGGUAGCAUUUCAUCAUCUGCUUCUUCAGGUGGAGGCAUAUUUAAGGUGACUCGGAUGCGCUGUUGGAGAAUAACAACUUUGCAUGAUAACAGUGAAAAUGGAAAUAAGAGUGGGCCUGAUUUUGAGUUAUCAUUUGAAUAUCUAGUUGCCAAAGAUAAACUUAUGUGGAUCACAAUAUCAAGUGAACAAGCAAUUCUAAUGUCAAUUUGUCUUCAGUCAAUGGUUGAUGAAUUACUUCUGAAGAAGAACGGCAUCAAGAGAAAAAUGCCAGGUGAUGUAUCUCAGAAACAAAGUUGGUCCUACUUGAAGAGAGAUGGAAGCAGUCAGGUUUUAAGUUCCAGCCAGUCGUCUUCUAGUGAUGGAUUUUCAUCAUCCAUGAGCAGUGGCAGUCAAAGUGGAUCUAAUGGGGAAAUAUUGUCACCUACACGAACAGAGGGUACGUCAUCAGCAUCAUCAUCCAUAAAAAGGUUAUCAGAGAAGUUUUCCAAUGUCAAUUUAAAGUCUACAGCAGGGAAGAUUCAUUCAAGCAGCACAUCUCCUGUUGAAAAUGAUGCCUUUGAUGGUAUUGGAGAUGAUGAUUUGUAACUUUGACAACACUUGUUAUUUUUGAGGAGGCCAUAUUAAAAUGUUCACCUUCUGCUCCAUCUGGGUUGCAAUGCAAAUUGCAUAUCCAACAGCAAACCUAUGCAGGCAGCUGGAGGACCUAGGCAAAUUUCUGUAUUUUUGGGAGGUUUUAAAGAUGUUGCUUUCAUUAGCUUCUUUCUGUUGCUAUCAAUGAAAUUCUACUGUGCCUAAAUCAGUCAUAACUUGUAGAGACCAACUUAUGUGCCUCAAGGUCUCAGUUUCCUUAUAUUCGCAUUUAUUUGUUGCAUUUUAUUUGAGGACUGAUUGAGAUCAGUCUUUAGCUCAAUAUUUUUCCGCCCCACAUUAGCAUGGUUUCUGCUGAUGUAAGUACUGCAUCUCAAGCUCGGUUGACAAUUUUGCAUUUGACGAGGAAAAGACUAAAAUCUGAAUAAACUUCUAUAUUUUAUCUAUGUUGUACUGACUCCGUAGGAAAGCCAAUUUAUGUUCAUUUGAAAAAAGAAGAGAGCAGGAUCAUUUCCUGGUAAUAUGGUAAUAACUACUUGUAAUAAUGCAUUUAUUGUUAUAUGUUAUCACUAAGUUUGUGUAUCCAUACUAAUACCAAUCAAUAUUAACAUUCAAUUGUGUGUGAUGGUGUAGUUCAGGGUAUACCUGAUAUAUUGCUCUCAAUCUUAUUAACUUAUCCUUUAUGGUAUAUAAUUUGUUACACUUUGGGGUUUUCUUACAUAUAGUCGAAGGGUGGUGAAUUAAUUGUCAGUUUGACCAAUGCGAGGUUGUCUAUUAGAUCCGUCCUGGAAUCUGUCCACGACAAGUAUCUUAAAAGAUGAUUUAUCCAUCUGGUAUUUUUUUGCUCCGGAGAGUGUAUGCGAAAAUAAUUGUGAUUGCUGAUUUGUAUUUGUUUAUCUUUUUUGACUACCGUCCCCUGUAGGUUAAUGACUACCAGUUCCCUUCCAUAGAUUAAAAUGUUAUGUGUCCAAUAUUCCUUUUCUUGUAUUCUUUAUCUUUAUACUUAAUUGCAAUGUUACCGUCUCUCUAUGUUGUGAACUAGUGUGUCUCUGUAUGUUUCUUUUUGAGAUAUCAAAAUUAUAUUAUCUUCCUUUUAAUAAUCCUAGUAUACUAGUGUAUCCAAUAUAUAAUCAUAGGGUACUUUAUCUAAUGAUGAUACAUGGUAUAUUUCCAUGUCUUCUCAGCGCUAUUGCCAACUAACCAUGACACAAUGCAGUAUUUUAAAAGUUUUAGUGGCAUCUGGUUCAGCUUUUUUAGGGUUCAUGCACUAAUUCAAUUAAUUACUGUCCUGUAACUCAUUUACCUUUCUUGACGUAGCAUUUGCAAGGAUUGCUGAACAUGGGUUGAUUUUGAGUUAGGCGUUUACAGUUACCAUACAAUUUUCAUUAAAAACUACAGCGGAAAUGACUGACCUCUUUUUUAGAAUUAUUUUAUUUUAUUUUGUCGCUUGCGGGAUUGUAUACUAAUUUCUAACUGUAGUAUUUGAUAAUCAUAUCAGAGCUCUCCAAGGACAUUGUUUUAUAAGGUAGAAACAACAUGUUAAAGUAAUCUAUCUGUGUGUGUCUGUUCAGAAUGUUCAGAUUUAAUGGUCUAGGCAUUUUCAUGUGAUAUUAAUCAUUCCCUCCCCUCUCUCUUGUAAGUGGGAAAUUUUUAGACUUGCCAGGUUGUUGAUACACAUUUCCUCUAUUCCCAGGUAGAAAUUUGAAUCUUCUCUUUCAAGAAGGGGGCCUUGAUUUUAAAUUUUAUGUUUAUCGUUAAUGGCUGUAAGAUUUGUGUGUAUCUUAUUGCAUGUGUAAUUUCUUCAAUUUAGACGAUAAAAAUGAAAUGUGUAACAUAUGCACAGCCACAUGAACAAAAUAGAAAUGGUGGAAUGUUCUGAUGUAGUAUGUAUAAGUCAAUAUAAAAACAAGAAUUUCUGAGCUUCCAGUAAAAUACUUUAAAUAAAUCUUGAUUUGAAGCAAGUAACGUUACAAUUGUUUCAGAAAUUAAUGUUUAGUCACAUCACGUAUGUGUAGUAUAGCUUAGCAAUUGUGUGGUGUAUGUAAUGUGUAGUUACUGUGGACUAGUAAUCACACUCUCCAUAAAAAUUUUGUUCAGUUUCCUGAAAACUAUUAGGAACUGGUCAGUGCCAAAACUAUCUGUGUCUUUGUUAUUGGGCCGAAGCUUGUCUGAAAAAGGUGGACUCUGUUUAGAAAUGGUUAGUUUUUGUUCAAGGUUUUCUACCCCAACAUUCCACUUUUGUCAAAAUGUUUAUGUUAUAAAUUUACCUUACCUUUAUAUUACUUACUAAUUUUUAUCAAUUCUUUACUCUUUAUCUGGAGUUGGAUCCAAUGUAUGUAUACCCAUCUGAUCAAAUUGUAACCAAAGUAUGUAUUUUGAUUCGGAACAGUGCUCAUCUCACUGUUUUAGAAACAACUUAAGAAAUCAAGAGCUUAUUGUUUUACAAAUUUUAGUAUGAGCAAGAAAACAUACAUAUUUUUUCCCUAACUCUGAAGCCAAACACAGUGCCAAGAAGUUGAGGAUCACGGGUGUGUUUAUGACAGAUUUGCAAAUUUGGAUAAACAAUUUUUUGUUUCAUGUGUCAAAUGUCUCUAUUUCCCACUAUUAUGAAUAAAGCGUUAUUUUUGCAUUGUUUUUAAAGAUAUUUUUUGUAGAGUUGUGAUGGUGGUUGUAUGCCUUGGAAGAGGUUUGAUUGUAAACAAACUAUAUUGUUGCAUUAUUAUUACACAAAUAUAUGAUGUUAAAGAGAAGUGAAAAUGAAUUCUACCAGAAUUUCAAAGCUAGGUCUGUGGUGAUUGUUUCUUUCUUGUUUGUCUCUUGUUUGAAACUAUAUAUGCUGAAUGGUUUGUAUUACUGUAAUUUUGCAACCCACAGUGCCAUCUUUGGCGUUGUUUCAUUAUUUACAGAAAAAAAGUUAUUAAAAUAAAUGAUUUAAAUACUUC